AUGACAUUCUGUUUGGUAAUCGGUGGUUAUCAUGUGGGCGGGUAUCGAUCGGUGCGCGAGUGCGCGACAGGACUCGUUGCAAAACCAGUAAACAUCGUCACAGUGUACACGACACUUCGAGCCAUGCACACCUUGCUGGCGCUCGUCGCUUCGGCGCUGGCGUGCGCGCUUGCCCGCCCACCUGUAGCUACCAAUGCUCCGCCCGAGGGACUUCCGGGACCGCAGAGGCAAAGAGUGCCUCUACCGCUGCCACCCGAGUUCCUCACGGCUUAUAUUCUUCCGAGGUUCCUCCUGCCUCACGAUAUCGGCUAUGACGACUCCCCACGCAUUCCUCAAUCACGUGAACAAAGUCUUCUUGAUCAGGAAAUAAAUAUCAUUAAUCAAAUGGAAAUGCAAGAAAUCGAGCCAAACCCAUACGACUAUGAAUACCCGCGCUGGAUCCCCAACGAAACUCCACCAAACUAUAUGAUACAUAUGCUAAAGAAACCGCUUGUUUCUCAUCGCUACCCUAAGCAGAAAACUACCAAGGACUUAGGAUAUUACCCCCUUCAAUAUAUUGAGGACAAGCCAAAGAAAGAAGACACAGAAUUUGGUAACGUUUACGCAAAAUAUGACCAACCCAGUCCACUUAUGGACGGGCUCAAGAAAUCGUUCGCUUUGACACCUUUCGACAGUGGAUAUUACAAAAAGGCAACAAUUGAUUCAAAGACAAAUACGGCAAAACCCGUUGUGGAACAAAGCAAAGAACUGGAGACCGUGGUUGAACCCCGUCAAAUACGACAAAACCCUAACUUGAGUAAAAAUAAAGCACUCGUAGCUGGCAACCUGGAGAGGCUUCGCACUGGAUUCACCCAUGAAGAUGUGGAGAGCACUGACAGGCCUCAUCACAUUCACGUUUUGGAGACUCCGACUACGGAUCCUGCUAAUUCCAUCUAUGGAAUAGCUCUGCUAGCAGCGGUUGGCGCUGCUCUUACAAUGGCGAUCAUCGGCUUUGCAAUUGGAUGGUAUACGUUAUCAAGGAAGGCAAAAGCUGCAGCUGAUGUGGAUUAUCCCGCUUAUGGAGUAACAGGACCUACUGUUGACAGCUCUGGGGAUAAAAAGCUGGCCCAGUCUGCUCACAUGUACCACUACCAGCACCAGAAGCAACAGAUCAUUGCGAUGGAAAGGAACGGCUUGGAUCAACGCAGUGGUUCCGUUUCUGACCCUGAAUCUGAAGAAGAGAACGAGGAGGGAGACUACACGGUCUACGAAUGCCCCGGAUUUGCAACAACUGGUGACAUGGAAGUUAAGAACCCACUGUUCAAGGAAGAGACGACCCCCGCUACGCCCGCUAAAUGCGAUACGGGAAAGUCGCAGCCCCGUGAAUAAUCGCAACCCCUUCGCCUCUCUGGCGAUAUCCAACGUUUCAGCGUUAACAUGCUGUCACCACUUUUCCUGAUUCGACACUUUGGGACACCGCAAUUUUUCAUAUACCUCAUGAGACGCCAAAAUCUCCUCUAAAUAUGAAAAGUGGUUGAACAGUUACGUAAACAGUGGUUUACUUUAUCAUCUCAAGUUCGAAAACAUCAUUUACUAUUUCAUGUUAAAAAUGUAUUAAUAUCAUGAAAAACUGCAUCAUUGAUUAUUGUUAUGUAUAAUAUAACAUCGUAUAUUUAAUAUAAAAUUUUAUAUUAUAUGCAACAGAUCUAGAUAUAUGUUCCAUUAUAUAAACUUAAAGUAACCUAAGAUUAACAUAAUUCGGCAAAAUAUGUUUGUAUAAAAUGAAACAUUUCAUUCCACGUCCAUCCGUAUACGCAUUUUAAAGAUUUAUCACAUUUAUUCUCAAGCUAUCAAAUAUUAACGAUCAUUUACAACAACGUCAUAACAAUAACAAUAACGUCACAAACGGUUUAGUAAAUUGACUAAGUUUAACUAAAACGAUAGGGAAUCCCAAUAUGUCAUUGUAAACACAUUUUGUUUUAGUAUUUAUUUUUUAAUCAACGGCCUACUUGGAUUAAUGGCUUGAUAAUAAUUAUGAUGUGAUUCUCUCUAAUAUCGGUGACAAAUUAAAAAAACGACCUUUGUGCCACGUUUAAAUUGGAAAAAACAGGUGUGUAUAUAUAUAUAUCAAAAUAUCAAAUUAUAAUAUAAUCGUUAUCUUGAAUUAUAAAUGUCAAUUGCUUCAAUAUAUGUAUAUAUUUUUUAAAUUCAAAUAUAUAUAAAUCUAUAUUUACCAAAAACUUUAUGUAGUAAUCCGUUUUGUCUUUGGAUAUAUUAUACAAACAUUUUGAAAGAAACUAAAUAUAUAUUUAAAUUAACCAAUAUAAUUAAUAUUUAAAAGAACCAUAAAUGGUUAUAUAAAAUAAGUUUUGAAUUCAUCAUAAUAAUAAAGAUAUAAUACUUUUUAUGUAUACAAGAAAUAUAAAAAAAAUUAAAAACAUAUCUUCUUAUUGUCGCACAAUUUUAAUAUACGUUUAAAUAAAUGUGCGACUCACAUAAUAAAUAUAUAAAUGCACAGCACGAGUAUUUAAAAUAUAAUAUGUAAUAAAAAUAUACAAAAUAUAUGUAAUAUGUACCGACCUCGUAGCAUUUUGAGCUGAUAUGCUAAAAUAUUAUAUGUUCAUCUUAAUAGAUAUAAAUUAUUAAUUACAGUGUGCUUAAAGAUUAAAUUGAAAAAGUAAAAAAAAAAUACAAAAUUGAAAAAAAUAAAAAAAUUAGGAUAAUUUUGUUCAUAAUAUAAUCAUUUAUCACCUUAGAUAGUUUUCAUCAUUUUAAAUUAAUUUAUUCCUAAUAAAUAAAACUAUCUGUUUGUACUAUAAAAUAUAUUAAAUAUAUAUAAUACAUAUAUGUAGCAUGUAAACAAGGGUAAAACCCGUUCUAGUAAAAUAUUUUUUGAUGAAUGUUUGCAUUAAACUGAGAGAAGAAAAUAUCAAUCGACCAUUUUUCCAUUAAUUUACGUGAUAUGCCAUUUACUGAUAAAUAUUGUAUAGCGGUUACAAAAUGAUUUAUCUUCUUUUAUGAUUUAAAUGUAACUGAUGACAGAUAGAUUAAAAUCGGUAGGUACUAUUCACCAGCUAUACAUUUGUCAGCCCCGUUAUUAGUAAGGCGAUUUUUCCAUAAUUUAUUUUAUAUAUUGAUACCUUGUCAAAUUACAAAAUAUUUCAUACCUGUGAGACUAUGAUGAAAUAUAUCAUAAUUUGAUUCUAUUUAUUAAAGAGAAAUAGAACAUGGCAGAUUGAUAUUUUCUUUUUUUCACUGUCGCAUCUAAUCAGUAAAAACUUGAUCUCACUUUAAUCUAUAGUACAAAGUUGUCUAUACCUAUCAGCUUACAGAUUAUAUAUACAUUAUAUAUAUAAUGUUUAUAUUUAUAUUAUACAUAUAUAAAUAUAAACAUUUUUAACAAUUGUUUUACGUUUACAUUUACGUUUUACAAAAUUAUUAAAAUGAAUUACAACGAUUUCAAUAUUCUAUAAAAGAUUUGAACGUACUAUAUAUUAAAGACACUCACAUUUAAUCUAAUAAAUCGUUUUAUUACAAACAAACGAUUUUUUUAAAUUCUAAAUUGAAAUAAAUCGUUUAUUUCAAUUGAAUGUAUACAAUACGUAAACGGAACCGUAUUUUCAGCAAGGGUCUUUAUGUAAACGGAACCGAACAUUUUAGUAGCUGCAGAGUAUUCUUAGAUAAAAUACUCACAAUACAAGAAGAGCGUUUUUUGAACGUGCAUAAGGUCAAGCUAAAACCUCAUUGGUUUGAAAGAGAAACAAAGACGAGAUAGUUCUCUGCGUAGUUUUGGGUUCGUUUAACUUUUGUACACAUUCAUUUGAAUAAAAGCAUUACUACAAGUUUGACUAGAUGUUGUAAAAUUUUGUUUUGUACGUGCUUAUAUUCAAUGUUGCGCAAUAGCUGCUUUAUCGAAAUAUAUAUGAAAUAUGACGCUUUUGUGAUUAAAUGGUGUAUUUACAAUUAUAUAUUUUAUUCAUUCAUUGUAAUUGCAUAAGGACAUUUCAAAUUAUAUCUAUUUACGUGUCUAUAAUAUGGUCGGCUUUAGUAGUUCUGCUGUUUAACUAAGAUCUUUAUGUUAUAAAAUUAGUUUAUUACUAAAUAUUUUUCAUUACAUACAUUAUUUAUUAAUUAUUGCAUAUAUAUUGCUUUUGUAUCUGCAGUAUAAGCUUUGAGACAUUGCUUAUUUAUUAUAGUUGCAAUAUUAUUUAAAGUUAUUUAUUUAAAACUUAAGUUUUAAAUAAAUUUAUGUUUUGUUUGUUGUGUUUAAAUAUUUUUAUCUUCGUUAUCUUGUUAUGUUUUUAUAUUUCCAUUGUUACAAUUUUAAACAUCAAGGCCGACCCUUAUAUUUAAAAUAUUAGAUCACUUUUGGUCAAAUCAAUAAAUGUUGUAUCUAUUAGUAGCAAA